CUCUCUCUCUCUAUUCGCCACAUCCAUCAUUUUUUUUUCUUCUCCAUUUUCGCUUAUUUUGUUUUAACUUUUAAUUAAUCAAGUUUCUGCCUCUAAAUUCUAUAUAAAACCCAAUAAUUUCCUUCCCCGCACCCCCAUCAUUCCUUUUCUUUUUUCUUGGUCAUAACAAUAUCAAAAUCCCAAUCGUCUUCCCAAAUCGCUAAAACCCUAGAGACCCUUUCGGAGUUCGAAACUCUGGUGAAAACAGAAGAAUACCCGGUGAGAGUAGUAAUAUCCUUGGUUUUGGGUUGAAAGAAAUUUGCGAUAUUUGUUUUGUUUUUUUUUCUGGGUUUGGUUCGCUUUUGCUGCUUCCUCUGGGUUCUUGUGCGAUCGAUUAUUCCAUAUCGCGCAAUGUCGGGUUCGGGAGGAGUUUCCAUCGCGCGCACGGCGAUCCGCGGAGAGAAUCGCUUCUACAACCCGCCGCCAAUGCGGCGGAUGCAGCAGGAAGCACAAUUGCAGCAGAUAAGGGAGAAGGAGAAGCAGAGACGCGAAGAGGAGGAGGUGGAGAAGGAGCGGCGAACGGCGGUUGAUAGGAAGGGGUUUGGUCUGCCGGAAAGAAAGACCAAGGUUGUCUCCGUGUCGGAGGAAAGCGGGUCGUCGGAGUCUUCCGGGUCGGACCGGGUUGCAAACUCCAACUUGGAUCGGUUCUUGGAGCACACCACCCCUGUGGUUAUGGCUCGGUGUUUCCCCAAGAGGAGCUCGAGGGAACCAAGGAAUCGUGAGUCAGAGUGUCAACCCUUUUUUGUUCUUGAGGAUUUCUGGGAGUCAUUUGCCGAGUGGAGUGUUUAUGGUGCUGGCGUUCCUCUGUUACUGAGUGAGAGCGAUUCCGUCGUGCAAUAUUAUGUCCCGUACUUGUCCGGCCUUCAGCUGUACAUAGACCCGACCAAAUCCGGCCAAAGAUUGAGGAGGCCGGUUGAAGAUUUUGAUGUUGAGUCGUUGAAGGAGACAAUGAGUAGUGAUGGAAGCAGCAACGUUAGGCUAGAGAAAGUACCUAACAAUGCUAAGGCUCAACAGAAGGCGGUGGACUCAAAUGUCAGCAAUUUGAAUAGAAUGUGCCUCGGAGAACAAUCCCUUGUCAGUUCUGCAGUAGAUGGAAAUGAGAUCAGUAACUCCCCAGGACAACUAAUGUACGAGUAUUUUGAGCACGAACCUCCGUUUGCCCGUGAACCUCUGGCUAACAAAGUGUCAGUCCUCGCUUCAAGAUUCCCGGAGUUAAUGACCUACUGCAGCUGUGAUCUCUCCCCUUCAAGUUGGGUGUCGGUGGCAUGGUACCCGAUAUACAGAAUACCCAUAGGUCCAACGCUACAGAAUCUCGACGCCUGCUUUCUGACCUUCCACUCUCUUUCAACCCCUCCUCAAAGUAGAAGCAGUGUGAGGGAUUUUAACCAUCCGGGUCCAUCCAUAAAACUACCGUUACCUACUUUCGGGCUUGCAUCCUAUAAGCUCAAAGUCUCCAUCUGGAAUCCACCGGACAGAACCCAAGAAUGCCAGAAGUUGAACUCGCUGCUACAAGCAGCCGAGAACUGGCUCAAGCGUCUUCGAGUCCAUCACCCUGAUUACAGAUUCUUCAUUUCCCACAGCCACAGAUGAUGAUGAUGAUGAUGAUGAAAGCCUUUUGAAAGGAGCCAACUUUGAGCACUUUUGGGCAAUGGCUUCUUAUCAUUACAAAUAUCUCUGCUGUACUUAUUUCAUCAUACACGAGAGACAUCACAGCACUAAAGAACCGCCCGUUGCUGGUUAGCUUUCGCAUAUCGUUUUGUUUUUCAGGCGCUCAGGUGACUUUUCUGCAGACUCAUCUAAUUAUAAGAUGAUGUGUCCAUUGCAACAUAUAACUGGCUUGGCGAGUUUUUAUAGCCUCUUGUUCUCUUUUGACUUCAGUAUCUAGUUCUUCUUUUGUUUGGGAAUAAGAACCGAAUCUCACGUUCUGUGUGGAUA